AUGAAGUUCCAACAGUUGUUGCUGCUGAGUUCUGUGGCAUUCUUGACCUUGGCUUGCUGUGUGUUUGCCCCCAAACCUUCCAACGUGAACCUGCAGACUUUCACUGGCUGUGCUGUCCGUGAGUUCACCUUCCUGGCCAAGAAACCUGGAUGCCGGGCAAUGCGCAUCACCACAGAUGCCUGCUGGGGGCGAUGUGAAACUUGGGAGAAACCCGUGCUGGAUCCCCCGUAUAUCGAAGCACACCAUCGCGUCUGCACGUACAACGAGAGCAAGCUGGUAACUGUGAAACUGCAGCAUUGCGCAGCCAACAUCAGUCCUUUCUACACGUACCCCAAAGCCAUCCGGUGUGACUGCGGCGUGUGUCUCACCACAACUACUGAAUGUGAAACUGUCUGA